CGCGUCGGCGGUGGCGUGUGCCUUGCUAAUGCCCGCAAGCCAGCAACCAGGCCGGCUAGUACACGCUGGCACAACGCACGCUCAACAACACCCCUUGCGAGACACUACGCUUUGUCGUUCCAUCCUCGGUCGCCGGAUUUUCUACGAGCACUUUUCUUCUCUAAACAAACGAACCGACCAAGACUCUUCGUCCGGAAGAAUCGCGACGACGAUUCCUCGAGGUCCAAUUAUUUUGACGCGUUUAACCGCGAGACGUUGACGAACGAGAAAGACAUUUCGCAUUUCAUGUGAUUCCAUCGAAUCCAAAUGAACUUUGUGUCUUCGAAAGAAGUUCCCUGGAGUGCCAAACCCUGCCUGACGGAAAUCCCAUGGAAAAUUCAUGUGCAACGACCUGUGCUUUCAGUCUGUGAGGGUGAAUUUUUAUAAAUUAUUCCACUAAAUCAUUGACAACCGAAAUCGAAAGAGUUACAGUAUUCGAUGUCCAUUCUGGUGUAACGGCAAAACAGCAGGAUUCUGGAAUACGCUCGGCUUCCGAUGUUUUGUGCUGUUAAGUCGCAAUCGAGUAAGGUUUGGGUCGAUACUCAGUGACGAGUGUUGUUUUUCGAGCUCUCGCGAGCCGGAUUGUUGUGUCAGCGGAAAAAAGCUUUUAUUUUCUUAUCCUCGAUCUGUAUACGUCGGGACGAUGAGUUACCCAGUUAUUUCUACAACUCGCUUGUGCGUUGACCCCUAUAAUUAAAGUGCUUUCUCUCAUGGAACAUUAACCGAAGGCGGAGCUUGCGAAAACUCACGAUUCAACGGAGCGAACUACCGAUUCAAUCGAACUUAUAUGUUUACUCGGAGAUGAAAUGCUCUGACAUACAUGAAGACCUAGCGAAAUAUUCGGAUUAAAGAAUUUCGGUGUCACGCGAUUCGACACGAUCGCUCGACGCAAGCUUCGUCAAAACGACCGAUUAUGGAUUCUCAACAACUCGUCGAGACUACCAACUCCCAAAACAGCCAAGACGCGGUCCUCCCUAAACCACCGGCUAAUACCGUACCGAGACACAGCAUAGACGCGAUCCUCGGACGUGCUGUGAGGAAAAGGACUCAUGACGAACUCGAACAAUCUUCGAGGGAUAUUCAAGAAAAUACUGGCGAGAAUAGCUGCAAUUCGCCCGGAAGCGACGAGGAAUCCGGCGCAGGAUGCGGCGACGAGUUGAACGAAGUGGUCGGCAAAAAGAAGCAUCGUCGUAAUCGCACGACGUUCACAACGUUUCAACUUCACGAGCUUGAAAGAGCUUUCGAAAAAUCCCAUUAUCCGGACGUUUAUUCACGCGAGGAGCUCGCGAUGAAGGUCAAUCUGCCGGAAGUACGAGUACAGGUCUGGUUCCAGAACCGACGGGCCAAGUGGCGCAGGCAGGAAAAAAUGGACGCCGCGAGACUCGGCAUCACGGAAUAUCGCCAUCCGGCAAACAUCAGGAACGUUGCCGGUCCCGGACUCGGUUUGCCGGGUGAUCCAUGGCUCACGCCACCAGCACUCCUGAGCGCUCUACCAGGUUUUUUACCGGCAGCCCAUACAGGAUAUCCAAGCUAUUUGACCUCGCCUAGACGGUUACCGUCGCCGACAAAGCUCGGGGCGGUUGCCAAUGGAAUCCCAGGCACCAUGAGCGGGGGAAUCCCCGGUAUGAGUAGCAGCGGUGGGCACGUCCAGUCGUCGCCGAGUCCGCCGGGCCACGAUCCUCGGACAUCGAGUAUCCAAGCGCUGAGGAUGCGAGCCAAGGAGCACGUCGAGAGCCUAACGAAAGGUCUGCAGAUGGUGUGAGCCUCGAUAUCGUUCGAUCCGGCGAGCGGGCGAUGAUUUCAACUCAAAACUCCAGUGUAUAUCGAAGAGAGAAAACCCGGAAGAAGAAAAAGACUUUCGAUUGGGUCCUCGUAUCGGCCGAAGUGGUGAAUCUUCCUGAAGUUCGCGCGUUCGAUCAAAGUGGCGAACAGUGUGGCCUGAAAAACUAAAGAUUCAACGUUUUUAUUACGAUCCGCGUUGUUGACUCGUUCGAGCCUUGUCGAGAAUGCAAUCGAUGCGUAAGUGAACUUCGACGAUUCGCUGUUUUCGUUUUUAUCCCCUUUGAGAGACUAAAAAACCGAAAAUUAAGAGUGCCGCGCUCGAGGACGUUGUAUCAAGUAUAAAUAAAUGAAUGAAUAUAGAUAUAUAAAUACAAAUAAAUAAAUAAAACAAAAAAUAUAUAUAUAUAUAUAUAAAUAUAAAUAUAAAUUUGUAUGUAGAAAAUAGAUGAAAUUUGAAGAUUCGACGUGGAGCGACAAAGAGAUGAGAAUUGAGCGUAAGAUCGCUGCGACGUUAAUUUGGUCAACGGGUAAUGGGACAAUUUCGUCCGA